UGUCUGUGCGCCCUGCAGCAGCAGCAGCGGCACAGCAGCAGCCUCCUCCGGCGCACAUGGAGCACAGCGGCGCGGCGCAGCUGUUUCACUGAGCAUGGAGGCAAACAUUGUGGUUCUGGGGACCGAGAGCGUCGGGAAGUCAGCGCUCACUGUGCGUCUUUUAACCCGGAGAUUCAUUGGAGAGUAUGGAGACAUUGAAUCCAUCUACAGUCACAGUUUCACGGUGGAUGGGAGAGAGAUCACUCUCAAUAUUUGGGAUUUACCAUAUUCUGAGGACUCGUCCACAGAGACGUCACUCUUUGAGAAGAAGGUCCAGUGGGCAGACGGCUACAUCCUUGUCUACAGCAUCUGUGACAGGGCGAGUUUCAACAGCGUCAGCAGGCUCAUUCAGACCAUCAGGUCCGCCAAAGACUCCCUCAACGCGGACAAAGUGCCCAUUGUGAUUGUGGGAAACAAGAGGGACCUGCACCACAGGCGGACAGUGCUUAGCGAGGAGGGCCGGCUCCUGGCCCUCAACACAGACUGCCACUUUUACGAGGUGUCAGCGGCCGAGAACUACCACAGCGUGCUCAUGGCGUUUCAGGGGCUGGUGGACAGGAUGAAGGACGGCAAGCUGGCCGCCAAGAGGCCUCUGGGGCUCAAGGGAAUAGUGAAGAGCAUGUCAGCGGUGUUUGCCAGGAGACGGAUAGACUCCAUUUAGUCAGAGCACGACGGAAGAGGAAGAAGUUUUCUAUGAAACUGUAUCUUGCUGUAUUUAUAUGACAGUCUGUCAGUGAGCUGUUACCAGGUGUGCCAUAUGUUCCUGUGCCUAAUGGAGCCUCCAGACGCAGAGACACCACAGAGACAAUUAAAAAGUGAAGUUAAACUUCAGAGAAGAAACAAGCCAUUAAAAUUCAGAGAAACGUGAAAUGUUACAGAAGCGACAGAUGUUUUCGAAGACAGGUUAUUAGCUUGACACUUUGAGCUUCGCAAGACUGAUGAAAUGACACGAUUAAUCCUUGUCAUGUAACAUAUAUUUGGGUGCAACAAAUAUGCAAUAUGUUUAAAUGAUGUUUUAAAGAUUGUAAUAAAACCUAUUCACAAAUGAAAA